AUGGAGCCGGAGGAAGGACCGCGGCAUCUCAGGUGAGGAAGCGGAGGGGGCCUCCUGCUGCGCCUGCACAUGCGCGCGGGGGACCCGUCUUGGGAAAACUCCCCUUUGGCCCACGUGCCCCCGGCGGAGUCAAGGGAGUCCCUGGGCAUGUGCAGAGUGCGCCCGAGCCUUCCUGCCCCGCUGUUGGGGAGGCGAGGGCUGCUUCCUCGAGGCUCUUCCGCCCCCUUGGGGUUUCCCGCGAGGAGGCAGCAACCCCUCCCGAAGGAUUUCGGGGCCCCGUGACCGGCCUCCGCCCGCGGACAGGCGCUCCUUCUUACAGCAAAGCCCCCGGAUGCGGCGCCGCGGCUCCUGAGCGGGAGUUAUGCUAAUCGCCGCGGGAAGUGCGAAAGCCGAUUUCGGCUUGCAAAGCACCGGCUGGGAUUUGAGUCCUUCGUGGGCCGCUUAUUCAGCAGGUGCUGCGCCUGUUGCCAAAGGGGCUCUCCGGCCCGCACUUGCCACAUCCUCCGGGGGCGGUGAUCAGGUGCGCCCGCGGAAAGGCAGGCAGGCAGGCAGCCGGGAACACGCCCAGGAUCGGGGGCUGCCGGGCUGCCUGCCGGUGGCGCUUCUCCCUCCUCCCGCCGGACGGGGGUCUUGCGCUUAAGUCCCAGCCAGGUCUUCCUAACCGCGGCCCGGCGCGGCACAUCCGCUUUCUGCCUUUGCGGGGAACCUCCAGUAGAUGUUGGGCUCUAGUUCCCAGCAAGCAGCGGAGUCAGUGCUCAGGGGUGAUGGGAGCUGUAGUCUGGCAGCCUUUGGAAGGCCACCUGUCUCUGGGCUACAUCCUGUGCCUUGUGGAGGGCUGACUGGGUGGGGAAACAGGCCAAAUAUGUUUUCCCUUCCCCACACUUCUCUGACCACAAGCUAAGCUCCAACAGCCACCUCUGAACCCCCAAACCCCUUCCUAGCCAGAAGCUGUGUUAAUAAAAGCCUCCUGAGGGGGUCACUUGUCAGAUUUGGUCCCUGGCUUGGCAAUCCCUCCAUGUGGGGCACGUGCCUCAAAACCAGUGAUUAUACCUCAAUGACACAGUGGCAGAAACAUGUGAUUGGCCUCAGUUAACAAUAGCUUUUCAUAAAUCUCCAGGCUCCAGUAGCAUUAAAUCUUGGCGCGUGGCAUGGGUGUGGGGGGUGCACCUUGAGGGCUUGCAAGGAGAGGAAGAGGACCUCCCUUCCUGCCUCAGAGUUGCCUUCUGGUGCGGUUGACGGCUUCCUUGCUUAGCUUGUGCCAGAAGCAAGGCUUAAUUCUGCCUCCAUUGACCCUUCUCUGGCUGGGGGGCGCCUUGGGUGGGGAGUGGGGCAUGCCCCUCUCCUUCUGGCCCCAUGGCAUCUUUGCAGCCUGAAGAGCCGCUUCAGGACUUGCUCUCCGUCUCCUUGCUGGACCUGGAGGGCACCCCCUCUGCCUUGCGCAGCCGCUCGGCCAGUGUGAGCAGCACGGGCUCCAGCGGGCGGCUGCAGCUGCGGCAGCGAGUGGCACAGCUCAUGGCUUGCGUGGAGGACGUCAGCUCCGAUGACGAGAUCCACGAGGAAGUCUCACGCACCAUCGACGAGGCUUUUCUGAUCUGUGGGAAGAUGCAGAAGCAGAAGAUUCUAGGGAUCAGGUGCCCUUCCCAGGCAGACAGGCUCUCUCCAGCGGGGCUUUGGUCUUUUUAGGGCAGGAUUACAGAUAAUAAGGCACAAGGAGGGGAGAGAUAAAUGGGAUGACGAGGUAGCCUGUCCCCACCUGUUUGUACUUCAGCUGCACUGCCUUUUGUCUGUCUCUGAAGGUUGCACCUGGUGACUUGGAACGUGGGCACAGCUUCUCCCCCUCCUGAUGUCACCUCUUUGCUGCAGCUCAACUUGCAAGACCAGGAAAUGGACAUGUAUGUCAUUGGGUAGGUAUUUUGGGAACUAGAGCUGGGGCUCUUCUUGGGGAUAUCAUCCUGGUCAUGCCAUCUGCAGAAGCGAGGGGGCGGCCUUCAAGAGCAUGGUGCUUCUUGAGUUCUUUUGCAGAAGGUCUCUGCAGGUCUCUGGACAUAGGGGGAAUGUGGUACAGGUGAGAGAUCUCAUUCAAGAAAAGGGGCAGCCAUUCAGGAUUGUGUGGACUUCAAGAAAGAACGCUCUUGAUGUGUGAUUUCACUGAGUAGUACUGAGUAGUCAGUACUCAGUGUGCUAAGAUGGUAUCCAGAAUUGUGCCACCUUGUAGUGAUGCCCCCUCCCUUCCUCUGCUUUCAUGGGGAUGCAGGUGAUGGGUUAAAAGAUUAACAAACAUUUUAUUGGACAGCAGAGGGACAGCAGCCGCUCCUGCUCUUAGUGUUUCCCAAUAGGUCUGGGUACUUUUUGUCAAAAUGAGAUGUACGAUUACCUGGGUUAACCUGGGACUGUUCAGUUUACAGGAGGUGAACUCCAAGAUUGUGAAUUUCCUAUCCGACAUGGCCUUUGAUGAUCCUUGGAGUAUUUUCUUCAUGAAUGUUCUUUCUCCUCUGCGCUAUGUCAAGGUAAUCAUCUUGAUUUGUCUAUUGGUGGUCUCUGGCUUACAUUCUCCUGAUGAAUAUUCUCUCGUGUGAGGUGUCCUGUCAUUUGGGCGUGGCCCUGCCUCCUUCCUGACCAGCAGACAGUCCUAGAUCUGCUGCAAGUGUUCCAGAGUUUGCAUUCAGCAUAGGAAGGGAACGUUGGGGAGGCAUUCUCAGUGACUACCCGCUCCUCCCAGGGACUCGCCAAAGCAGAAACCAUUCAAGGCUGGCUUUUGGAAUUAAGUGUUCUAGAAUUGUCUCUGAUGCAAGAAGUAAUGUAGUCACAGUGGCUCUGUGCUCCCUCCACUGGUCUGGAGGCAAUAAGUGCCUCUGAAUACGGUGAAAUACAAGUGUGGAGAGUAUUUAUGCUGUUUUCAGGUCCUGCUCAUGGGGAGCAGGUUGGUCACUAUGGGAAACAGGGGAGUGGGCUAGAGGACCCCUUUGGCCUGAUCCAGUUGCUGAAGGAACUUCUUAUGUUCUUUUGAUUUCAAGAAUGUUCUAGUCUGGUUUGAUUCCAAAAGGCCUACCAACCACCUAGAAUUGCAGUGGCUGUGCAUUAAAUUAAAUAAGACAAGGCUACAAUUUUGAUGUUUCCUGUGCUUGGUCCUCAGACACUACUCCACGGCCAGAGUUCUGUUGAGCAUUGCACUGGCUUUGGUCAGAUGCUCCCCAGUGCCUUUAUCAGGGCUGGGCAGGAAGAGAUUCUUGGUACUGCCUGACUUCCAUUUAUCUCAAAUUCCAUCAAGAAUGGAGGAAGCAGAAGCUUUCCUUGGCCCUCAGAGGAGAUGCAGUCGCCUUUCUUUAGCCAAUUGAGCAGUGUUUGGACUCCCUUCCCAGGCCUGGGAUUUCCUGGGGCAUCCUAACCUUUUCUGGGGGGUCGCUAGUGUUUGUUUUUAAAAAAUCUCUUCUGCUUGCAGGUGUCUUCCAUACGCAUGCAGGGCCUCCUCCUCCUGGUCUUUGCAAAGCAGCCUCACGUCCCCUUCAUACGGGACAUUCAGAGCCAGUUCACUCGCACGGGUCUCUACGGAUAUUGGGUAAGCAGAUCACUGUGUUUUCCAGACAUUUUAAUGGCUUUUUCAAAUUGCAACUUAGUCUUGGCUUCUGCAUGUUGUCUGCGGUGGCUUCGGUGAGGAAUAAAAGAACGUAUAGAAUUUUACUCCUUUUAGUAAAGUUUUAAAACAUUUUGUCUGAAGUUAUAAACUUGCCAAGGGCUACAGAGAUUAAUCUGUAUGAUGAUGCAGGAUUGGACCACAUCAGAGCAAAAAGUGCUGCCAUCCCUGGUGCUAGCAAAUUUGCUCCUCACUUCUGUACCCAAAGUACAGUCUGAUUCCUGGCUACCUAUUUAACACUCAUGGUGGCUUACUUCUCUGUUGUCUUGAGGAUUCCAGUCCCUUUCUUGUCUUCAAACAAGUUUGGGAUUGACCAGGGCUUUUUUUAGCUGAAACUCACCGGAACUCAGUUCCGACACAUCUCAGGUGGGCGCCGUUGCCAUUAUAAGAGAACAAAGGAGGUAUUCCUGAUAAGUUCCGACACCUCUUUUUCUAGAAAAAUAGCACUGUGUUUGAUAUUUAUGAAUGGUAGGUGUUGCUUCCGAAAUGUACCUGGACAUGGAAACAAGUCCCAAAACAGCCUCAAGCGCUGUUGUUGUGUGAUCUGGGGGACCUGGCUUCUUAUGUCUUGUAGGGAAACAAGGGGGGUGUCACCACUCGCAUGUCUGUCUAUGGACAUCCCAUCUGUUUCCUGAACUGCCACCUGCCAGCCCACAUGGAGAAUGCAGGACAGCGGUUGGAUGACUUUGAGCAUAUCUUGGAGAUGCAGCAGUUUGAAGGCGAAAAGAUUCCCAACGUCCUGGAUCAUGAGUGAGUGGCAACUGAAUCUGGUUGAGGCUGCCCUGCUGUCUUGCUUCUAGGAAAAGAGGAUCCAGCUUGGCUUGGCCUCUGCUGUAUAGGUCAUUGUCCAUUUAGUUUAGGGAGCCCCUCUGACAGCUUUGAACCCAAAGUGAGAGCAUCCGGAAGACGGUUAUUUCAUGAAGAUGGUGGUGGUGAUUAAUUUGUUGCUGUUUCCACAAAAGCAACUCAAAGUGGUUUACAAAAAUGAACAUUAAAAACAAUCUAAAAUACUCAUCAAUAAAAUGUGGAUUCAGUUCAACUUAUCCUAAUAAAAAGCUGAGCAAAAGGCCACAAACUUACUUGACGCUCCAAAUUCCCAGGGAAAUAACAAUUUUUUUGCCCAACUCCUAAAAAGAGAUAGCGGUUGUGGAAUUUUGUAGUUUAGGGUUUAUUCAGAGCUCCGCAGAAGUCCGUUCAGGGGAACAAAAUUCCUGGAAGAAGAGGAGGUCCUCAAGCAGAACAGCACUUGGUCUCACUCCCAAGCUUGGAAGUCUUCCCUUUUGCUCUGAAGCACCUGGUUCUGCGAAGGGAGGGAGGUAAGGUGCCUGGACCAGAGAGGGAGGACCAUUUUGAGCAUUGUUCUGGCAGCUCUUUUGGGAGCCACUGUAAGUAGUGAGCCUGACUCCCCUCUGUUGUGUCACUUUCAAGACUAAGUGAUGCUUUCUAAUGGGAAAAAAGCAUGCCGUUCAAAGCGAGCAAGAGGACAGAUAACUUUGCACAGUGGUGAAAGAUAAUGGAGAACUGCAGAGUAAAUGUGCUCCUGAGAUCAUAUGUGCGGAUGAAUCUGCUAUGUCUGAUGUCUGCCUUGCAGCUUUCUCCUGUUUUUUCCAUAAGCGCUUAUUUCUCGUUUCUUCUCUGUGAAGCGUUCUCUUCUGGUUUGGUGACUUGAACUUCCGGAUUGAAGAUUACGGCCUGCAUUUCAUUCGAGAAUCAAUCAAUAACAGCCGAUUCAGCCUUUUGUGGGAAAAGGACCAGGUACUACCUCCAAGUUCUGUUCUCUUCAUUCCUGUGCAGGUGCCACCACCAGGAUCUUCUGCUUUCUUCUCUCUUCUGGCUUCCCCUGAUGGAAGACCCUACAAUUUCUCCUGCUGAUUCCACCCACCCAUGACUCACCCCCCCAAAUGUCACUUGGCAACAAAUCUGUGAAUGUUUACAUUUUGUUCCCAUAAUGUUUUGCCUUAUUCCUGGUCCAUAUCUAUUUCACAAUUGGCUCUAAAUUUCCUCCUGGGAAGUUGUGAAACUUGCCUGUCCCAUUCCAUAUCGAUUUCUGUGGAGUAAAAUGACCUUCAUGUGGAUCUCCUUUCCCAAAGAAAGAAAGAAAGAAAGAAAGAAAGAAAGAAAGAAAGAAGCAAGCAAGCCUUGAGGAGGCUGCAGAACUUCUCAUAUGUAGGAUUCUUUUAGUUGGGCUGGUUGCUGCUUUGCGUUUCUGUUAUUCCUUUCUUUUUAUUUAUGCAGCUUAACAUCGCUAAGAAGAAGGAACCCAUUCUUCAAGAAUUCAUGGAGGGGCCCCUGAAGUUCAAACCCACCUACAAGUUUGACCUGUACUCAAAUGACUAUGACACCAGGUAAAUGCUGGUUACCCCCUCCCAACACACCCAUCUUGGGUGCAUGACCAGGCUGGUGAAGGUGAAUAAGCAGCCCACCUGAGAAGAAAGCAGGAGGCAGUUUGGGGAAGGAGAAAGCUGAGCCUGGCCAUCUUGGUCUGAGGAGGCUCUUCGUCAGUGUCUGGGCCCAGUCCUCCCAAGGAGGUCCAGUGGAAUUGGUGUUUGGGAUUUUUGCACUAAUGUCUGUUUCUAUUUCAGGGGGCCGAAGACGCUCUUUUGGUUUAAGUAAGGAGAUUUUGAUGCCCUCCUUUCCAAAUCUUCAGCAUUUUAGACUAUUAGCAUUUCAAACUGUUGCUGCUCUAUUCUCUCCAGCUGCUGGAGGCUUGAUCCUAACUUGCUAAUUGGCACGAUGGACCUGAAAUAAAAAAGAGCCUCUUGCACCUGGGCGCAACGGAGAGUUUCCCCCACAGUGAUCAAUGGGGAUGAAGGAAGCAGCUGUUCUCCAGCAUGAUAGCCCUUGUGGAUUCAACUUGGUCAGCUCACUAGGUUUGCUUUCUUGCCUGCCUGCUGGGGCUCCUCAGAAGUCAGGAUAGGAAGUGCUUCUGCUGCACUUGCUUCCACAAGGCACAAAAGGGCUCUGCUUGCUGCUAUUUCGUCAGCUCAGCAGCUUGAAACGGGAUUCGUAGGUUGCUCAGCUGCGCCUUAAUCCCUUCAAAGAGACCCAGGUGGGGAAUGGAGUGAACAGGUCAGAUCUUGAGCUACUGGUAACUCCGGUGGCAAUAAGAGUUUAGUGCUGCCGAGCAAACUGUCUUCUUCCCACAUCUUUCUAUCGUAGAAUUAUAGAGUUGGAAGGGAUCUGAAGGGCCAUCUAGCCCACCCCCUUGCAGUGCAGGAAUCCUUUGCCCAAAGUGGGCCUCAAAUCCAUGACCCUGAGAUUAAAAGCCUCAUGCUCUGAGUCCUCUGAGAAGGACCAGGCAGCCCAGGCUGUAUUUGUCUCCUGGGGUUAUGACCAUUUCACUCUGAAGAGACAGCAGAGUUUUUGAAAAACUACCCAGGAUCAGGGCCAGAAAUGCAGGUGGCACAAACUUCAAUGUGGGCAAACCUCUCCUGAGCACUUGAUGGUCUCAUGACUUACCACGUGGGCCACUGUAAAUGUAGCUGAUGCAACCUGGCUAACACUUGGUUGCUGCUAGUUCGUGUUGUUUUCUGAUACGAAGUUGAUUAACCUCCCUCCUUCUUCGUCUGCCUUUCUUUUAGAUCUGCUAACGUACAGAUAGACGUUGUUUGAUUGAGCUAUAAAAUGAAGGCGGUGGGGGGCAAUGUAUGCAUUGGUUUGCUUUGUCCCCAUAAUGCCUCUGCUGCUGCCAUGGAUAGCAGCUUUGCUUCGUUGGUGUGUCCUCACUGCCUCCCCUUUUGCAGUGGGAAGAAGCGGAAGCCUGCUUGGACGGACCGGAUCCUCUGGAGGGUGAAGCACCUUUUGCAGUCGGCCUCGGAGGCAGGAGAGAUGCCAGAAGAGGAGGCCAUUUCUGUGUCCCUGCAAAGCUACAUCAGCCACAUGAGUUACGGCAUCAGCGACCACAAACCUGUCACCGGGACCUUUGUACUUGAGGUAAUGCUCUCCUCUCCCUGAGUGCAGAAUUGGCUCUUGGAAAAGGGAACCUGGCCACGACUCCGGUCCCUUCCAUCAGAGACAGAUGAAGCCCAGCUACAGAAGACCUGGGAAGGCUUUACAAGCUUCCCAGCUACCCAAGGUGUAUUUUCUGAUGGACGCUUUGCAGUCCUGCUCUGUGUCUCAAAGACAGAUCACGAACCAUCUUAUGGUUGGUGGGGAGAGAGCCCUUGCACCCUAAGUAGAUAAACAGGAUUGAGUCUGCCUUUGACUUCCAGGCCCGUUUAAACUCUUCUCUCGUGUAGGUGCUUGCAAACUGUAACUGCGUCUGCCUACUGAUUUGGGAAGAUCUUCUGUGAAGCUGCCGCACCCCCAAUUUUUUUUUGAGGGUCACUCUACAACCUUUUUAGGAUAGCUUAAGUGGCAGUGUGGGACGCAGGUGGCGCUGUGGGUUAAACCACAGAGCCUAGGACUUGCCGAUCAGAAGUUCGGCAGUUCGAAUCCCCGUGACAGGGUGAGCUCCCAUUGCUCGGUCCCUGCUCCUGCCCACCUAGCAGUUCAAAAGCACCUCAAAGUGCAAGUAGAUAAAUAGGUACCGCUCCAGCGGGAAGGUAAACGGCGUUUCCGUGCGCUGCUCUGGUCCGCCAGAAGCGGCUUAGUCCUGCUGGCCCACAUGAUCCGGAAGCUGGACGCCGGCUCCCUCGGCCAGUAAAGUGAGAUGAGCGCCGCAACCCCAGAGUUUGCCACGACUGGACCUAACGGUCAGGGGUCCCUUUACCUUUAAGUGGCAGCACUUGAGGAUUAUUAACAUUUUCAGAGUUGGGAGCAUGAAGAGCGGCUUUUGACUGCUCUUGAUUGGGUGGCUAUGGGAUACAACUUCUUUCCUUUCUUCCAGAUGAAGCCUCUGCCCCCUGUCCCACUGGUCAGGCUGCAUCCUGUGGGCAACUGGGAUGCUGAGCAAGAUGCCACCGUCCGCUACUCCACAGCUCCUGAAUUCCCAAGCAGUGCCUGGGAUUGGAUUGGUCUCUACAAGGUGACAUUGCCACAGAUGUGUACUGAGGGGGGAAGGAUAGUAGCUCAACAGCAGAGACAUGCAGAAGAGUCCUCAGUUGAAUUCCUGGCCUCUUGAACUGGGAAAGACCCCUGCCUGAAACCCUGGAGAGCUGUUGCAGUGUAGACCAGGCACCCCCAACCUUCGGCCCUCCAGGUGUUUUGGACUACAAUUCCCAUCGUCCCUGACCACUGGUCCUGUUAGCUAGGGAUCAUGGGAGUUGUAGGCCAAAACAUCUGGAGGGCCGCAGGUUGGAGAUGCCUGUUGUAGACAGCACAGAGCCAACAUACCAAUGGCCUGGCUUCCAUUUCCUCUGCUCCUUUGAGGGUGAGGUGUGCUGUGGUCAUGAGAAAAACUGUGCCAUUUUCUCCUUGUGAAGGAGAGGUUCUCCUGGUCCCUCCUGACAGUGUCAGAGAUUUCCUCCUGCUCAGAGUGCCCACAGUUGCAAGAGGAUUUUUGGCAUCCUGCAGCCAAGGAUGACUAAAAGGAGGCAGUGGUGGGUUGUGUGAAGCCGAGGUAUCAGGCACUGAGUGACCUGAGCAAAGGGUCUGGUUCCCUUGGGGGAAAGAACAAGCUGCAGACCCUGGCCCAGAAACAAAGGCAAGGCUCAGAGACAAGAGGAGGCUCGUGAGUGGCAAACCUCCUUGCGCCUGAAAAGUCUCAUUUUGAUGGAAGCAGUCAAAAGACUGAUGAGAGACUUGGUCUUUGGUAUGGGAAUCUUUUGGAUUAUUUAGGCCAGUUCUUCUGUCUGUGUCUAAGCCUCUAAAUACCACAUGUGUUGCCAUAACUUCCUUAGAGAAAAGGUUACAAACUUUGUGAUAAAUCAUUGUGUGGCCUUGGCUUAAUCUUGCUUUUGUCGUCAUAUUUCCUCAUUUCUAAAACCUUGUAUCACUCUUAGCAAUACUGAAGUGUGAAACAGUUCAGAGUUUGCAUCCCAUUUCCUUAGCUAACCAGAGCAAAUAGCUCUCACAUGUUAGACAGGUGUUCACUCCCCUGACAACCAAGUUGUGCUCAAGGCAGCUCUUUCCCCUUGCAGGUGACCUUCAAGCAUGCAAAUGACUACGUGAUGUACGCCUGGGUGCAAGACAACGAGAUUUCCUCUGAGGAGGAUGCCAAGCAGGUGAGGGGGAAGUAGCCUGAGGUUAUCACUGCUGGCUGCUUCGCUCCAGAUGUUUUGCUGAAUGCUGACUGCCUUUGCUUUAUUUCCCCCAGGUCUAUCUCAGUGCUGAGGAGCUUCCAGCAACGGGAGGAGAGUUUCUCCUGGGUUAUUACAGCAACACAAUGCAAUCCCUGGUUGGCAUCAGCCAGCCCUUCCAGGUAUGGGGCUGAUGGGCUGACUCAGCACAAGCCAGCUUCCUAGGUUCCUAGAACCCCCAGGGAGCUCUUCCCUAUGUUCCUGGAAUCACCUGGGGAAAUGGUUCUCCUCUUUGGAUCACAGGGUUGUUGUGAGGACAAAAUAGAGAGGGGAAGAGAACCGUAUAUGCAGCCCUGAGCUCCUUAAAGGAAAGGUGGGAGAGAACUGUAAUAAAUAAUAAGAAACAAAAACAAAGACUGAUCUCUCCUUUCAGAUUCAACCAAGGAGAAUGUUAGCAGAGAAGGACCUGGCUUGGGACGGAGUCAGCAGGAUGCAAGAGCAGCUCUGUGAUGAGAAACCACCGUGUGACUUUUGA